AUGAUUACGUCCCGCAAACAUUGCAGCGACUGCAAUGUUACAGUUGUCGACGUGGCCGAGAGCGACGACGGAAAGGGCGAUAGCAAGCCCGUGGUCAACAACAGCCAGCAGCCUCCUCAGCCACUAGUCGGACCAUCUGAGGAAGAGGUGAAGGGUCGACGAAGGAAGCUAAAGCAAAAGGCCAAGGCUUCGUCUUCCAAUGCCAAACCCAAAAACGGAUCGGCGAAACCGCCCGCGAGCGAGAAAGCAACCGCUUCCGAGCCCCCCAAGCCAGCCAGCGUAGUCGCGAAAGAGUUCCCCGUCCCCCUACGAUGCUCGUACGAGAACCUCAUGCUGGAGAUGCUAGCCCGCCAACAGCCGCCGACGGCCUGGCCGCGCCUGAAGAAACUAUCCGACCUGAUCGACGCGGAGCGGCGCGCCGCCGAGCCGUCCUUCUCUCCGGUAUGGCAGCUGACGCUGUUCUGGGGCAAGCCGGCCACGGCGGGCAGCACGAUGGUCUUCCGCACGCUGGACCCCUUCCUGUCGACGCACGCGGUGUACUCGGGCCCUUGGUUCGGGCUCAAGGCGUGCAUCCUGCUGCGCGACGACGAGCACGGCGGCGGCGGCUUGCCGUUCAGCAUUUCCAAGGAGACGUACGACCGCAUCGAGGUGGAAAGCACGGCCAAGCUCAUCGAGAAGAUGGAUGUUGCGGUGGAGCGCCUGGCCGACGCGCGCGUCUUGGUGGCGUGGCGGGCGCUCUUUGGCAUCGGAGAGGCUAUAGCUCUCGAGGAGGAUGCGGAGGCCAAGCACAAGCUGUUCAAGGUCAUGGGUUUCCAGUCCAUGGUCUUGAAGGAGUUGGUUGCUGGUGAUGAGGCUUGCAGACGGGCGUUGGAGGAUUUCCAGGACGCUACCCGUCUUAGUGGGGAUGUGGAAGCGGUCGCUUUCAAUGUCUUGGAUAAAGAUCAACUGGCUGAGACGGUCUUUAAAAACCUGAUGCUGCCAACCAAGGCGAAGGGAGACUCGGGUCUAGAAUCUACUCAGCCGCUAGUACCCAACGGCAACUCAUCUGAGCACAAAUCAUCGCAGGCUAACUUGGAUGAAUUAUUCGACUUUAUCCGAGCGGCCUGCAUCAAAGUCAUGGUUAAGAGACGCAAGAUGAUUUCCCACGUCGCCGGCCUGCACGAGGUCGCAGACCAGCAAGCCAUAGAGGGGGAAAGGAUCACCAAGAUCCUCAAGGAGGCCCAGGCCGCCCACGAGCACGAGAAGAUGGAGCCCGACAGGCUCCUGGCGCUCCACGUGCUCUGGCGCUCGCACCUGGCCAGCAUGCAGGACACCAUGGAUCUGCUCCAGACGGCGACGGACACGCUGACCCUGGCGGAGAUGGCCUUCGCCAAGCUGCCCGGCGACGCAAAGAUGUGGAACGACAGGUGCGUCGAGAAGCUGGCCGCCACCGGCAAGGAGCUCGGAGAGCUCGAGACUAAGAUGGCGAAGCUGCAGGUUGUGAUCGAUGAGCACCAGGCCAAGGAUCACGCCGCCGAGGCGGCGGCCAAGAUUGAGGCCAUCAUGGCCGAGAGUCGUCGGGAGCUCGGGGAGAUUGAGAAGCGACGAAAGCUGCGCCAAGAUCCCGUUUAUAGUGUGUGUAAGGAGGCUCUGACUGCGGUGCAGCAUGAGAAUCCCGACGCAAGCCCACGAGACUGGCCCGCUGAAUUUGCCGAGGCCGAUGGCGGCGUGGGCUGGGAGGAUGUCUCUUCUAGGAGGGCUCCUGCUGCAACCAAUUCGGGCUCAUCAUUGGAUAGUAAGGAGGAGGUUGAAUAG